AGAUCCUGGUCCGUGGCGAACGCCGCUCAAGGCUUACUCGACAUGAAUUCGGGUUCUCGAAGUGCCACUAACGCUACUUCAAUGUCUCCACCACAAGGUCCUCCACAGGAUUCUCCCAACGGACCCCAGAUAUCACGAAAGAUCAAAUGCCUCAUGGACAACAACGGAGAGCCACCAUGUCGGCGCUGUAUAGAGCGAGGCCUCUCGUGUGUCCUGAACAAAAGCCUGCAAACCUUGAUUAAUGAACGAUCUCAAUGGAAGGACGACAUGCAUCGUGAUAUCUCAAACAUGCAUGGAGCCGUGCAGGAUAUUUUGAAAAGGCUAUCGAUGCCCGCACUGCAACCACUCAAAGCAGCCUCUGCAGCAGAAGAUCAACAAGAAACUUCGCCCUACGAUGAUACCGUGGUCGAAAAGGUCGAAGAUGUCGGUCCCUCUUGCGACAAUUCUCCCAAACUACCGCCACAGACAGAGUCUCUGCAAAAUGUUCCGAUCGAGUCACUUUAUCAGAUCACGCGAUUGCGUUCACUACGAGCUGAAAACUCUGGAGAUGAAAACAAGGCAGAUGAGGGCUCGGAUGUGGUAUCCAAGGGUAUUGUAUCUCUUGAAGAAGCCGAGAGAUUGACGACACUGUAUCUUGGACGACUCGAUCACUACGCCUACAGCAUUGCAAACAAAUUUACCGAUCUGCAAUCUAUACGACGGCGUUCAGUGGCCUUGACUAACGCAAUCUUGACUGUUGCAGCAUUGCACGAUCCAAACAGCAACCAAAUCUUCGGACCGUGUUUUCGAGAGCUGAAAAGAGUGCUUUCGGAAUCCAUGUUUGUUCGUCGCAUCGAUCGUGAAUAUUUGCGAGCAAUGUGUAUAGGGUCCUACUGGCUAAGCGACAUCUCAUACACACUUUCCGGUCAUGCAAUCAGACGCGCUAUGGGCAUCAACCUAAGUUCCAAUUACUACAGAGUGUUGAAAGACGGUUCGGAGGAUGCUGCGGACUGUCUUCGACUGUGGUAUUUGCUCUACAUCUGUGAUCAACAUUUGAGCAUUCUGUAUGGUCGACCAACAACGAUACGAAUCGAUGAUCCUAGUUUGCAAGGCUGGGAGCGAUAUCUCGAAGUACGGGUGGCGGUGGAGCAGGAUCGACGAACUGCAAGUCAAGUGGCAUUGAUGGUGAUCAUGGGCGCGAUCAGAGAGUUCUUUGAACGACACAGCAGAGACACACAAACGCUACCCCAAAGCUUGAUCGAGCAUAUCGCCUCUUUCGACCGCCAGAUUGAUCGCUGGGUGGAGACCUGGUUCCAACAUCUAAAACGACGCGACGACAUAGGAGACUGGCCCUCCAAAGGCGUCCUCCUGCACUCCAACCUCGCCCGCCUCCACCUGCACUCCCACAUCUUCCGCGGCCUAGCAACCUCCCCCGUCCCCCACUACUUCCGACACUCAGCAGCCAAAGCCGUCGACGCCGCCCGCACAAUCGUCGAAGUACUUUUAUCAGACCCGGACAUGCGUGCAGGCCUCGUAGGCAUGCCCCACUACCUACACACCAUGAUAGCGUUCGCCUGCGGCUUCCUCCUCCAAAUGACCACAAAAUACGACAACGACUUGGUGUCACGCACACACGUCCACGACCUCAUCAACAGACUAGUUUCCCAACUGCGUCUCAUGCCAACUGGAAAAUACCACUUGGUGCGCUUCAUGGCCGAAGGGUUGGANAAAAUGGUGGAAGCGUCGAUGAGAACACCCACACAAGCUUCUGCCCAACUCUUUAAUGGCGGCUUUCAGUAUAUGAAUGAGGGGCAUCACUAUGGUACUUCUGCUGCUCAUCAGAUGGAUCUGUUAACUACAAACCCCGGUCAAACAGAAUUUGGGAAUAUGGGUGCAGGAGGCAGGGAUGAUUCAUUCAUGAUGCCUGAUUUCGGGCUUGCGAAUUCGUUCUUGCCGUUUGAAGAUCCCGUGUUCAGGACUUCGGACUUUGGUUAUCUGUAG